UUGGCAGCAAGCAAUGGCCAUUUGGACGUCCUCAAGUGGCUGCAGUCCAAGUGCUACGAAGGAUGCACGGCACAAGCGAUGCACGGCACAGCGUCGAAUGGGCACCUGGAGGCAGUGUUUUGGUUGCACUACAAUCGAACUGAAGGCUGUACGAGAGACGCGUUCGACGGCGCGGCUGGGCACGGACACUUGGAUGUGGUCAAGUGGUUGUACGAAAAUCGACUGGAGGGCGGCACGGUUAUAGCGAUCGAGAAGGCUGUGAGAAAUGGCCACCUGCAAGUAAUAACAUGGCUUCUAUCGACAUAUCCAGAGUGUUGCCCAGCGAAGCUGGAGUUUGCUUUGAUUGACGGUGGCAAGUUU